CUCGAGCGGGCGGCGCUGUCGGCGCCGCGCGGGGCGGGACUUCCGGCGCGGUCGCGGAGCGGAGCCGGAGCGCCAUGGCGGCGGCCUGAGGCGCGGCCCUGCCUCCCCGCGCCGGGCCCCGCGCUGGGCCCGCAGGGUGAAAACAACCUGAGAGGAGUAGCUCCUGCGUCUCACCAGAGCUGGGCACUGACCUUCCUGUGUGUGUUCAGUGUCUUAGAUGGAGGCUCAGGUAUUAAUUAAACCAUGCUGCUGUCAAUAGGAAUGCUGAUGCUGUCUGCCACCCAGAUAUACACUAUUCUGACAGUUCAGUUGUUUGCUUUCCUGAAUCUUUUACCUGUGGAGGCAGAUAUUUUAGCAUAUAACCUCGAAAAUGGAACCCAGACCUUUGAUGAUCUCCCUGCUAGGUUUGGCUACAGACUUCCAGCAGAAGGGCUGAAGGGAUUCCUAAUAAAUUCAAAACCAGAGAAUGCGUGUGAACCGAUAGCCCCGCCUCCACUGAGAGACAACUCCUCUAGUGCUUUUAUUGUGUUAAUUCGAAGGCUUGAGUGCAACUUUGAUGUCAAGGUAUUAAACGCACAGAGAGCUGGAUACAAGGCAGCUAUAGUUCACAAUGUUGAUUCGGAUGACCUCAUAAGCAUGGGAUCCAACGACAUUGAGAUUUUAAAGAAGAUUGACAUUCCUUCUGUCUUUAUUGGCGAGACAUCAGCUAAUUCUCUUAAAGAAGAAUUUACUUAUGAGAAGGGUGGCCAUGUUGUGUUAGUCCCAGAGUUCAGUCUUCCUUUGGAGUACUACUUAAUCCCCUUCCUAAUAAUAGUAGGGAUCUGUCUUAUUCUCAUCGUCAUAUUUAUGAUCACAAAAUUUGUGCAAGACAGACACCGAGCGAGAAGGAAUCGACUCAGGAAGGAUCAGCUUAAGAAACUUCCUGUGCAUAAAUUUAAGAAAGGAGACGAAUACGAUGUGUGUGCCAUCUGUCUGGAUGAAUACGAGGAUGGAGACAAGCUCAGAAUCCUUCCGUGUUCUCAUGCUUAUCACUGCAAGUGUGUGGACCCGUGGCUGACCAAAACAAAGAAGACGUGUCCUGUGUGUAAGCAGAAAGUGGUCCCUUCGCAGGGGGACUCUGACUCUGAAACAGACAGCAGUCAAGAGGAGAACGAAGUAUCUGAAAAUACUCCUUUGCUUAGACCGUUAGCCUCCGUUAGCACCCAGUCGUUUGGGGCUUUGUCAGAAUCUCAUUCCCACCAGAACAUGACCGAGUCCUCAGAAUACGAGGAAGAUGACAAUGACAAUAUCGAUAGCAGUGAUGCAGAAAACGGAGCGAAUGAAGAAAGCGUAGUGGUUCAGCUACAGCCCAGUGAUGAAAGGGAGUACAGAGUGGCAAACACUGUUUGAGACUACUAAUGAUGGCUAGAGUAUGAACAAGAGCUCUUAAGGCUAUACUUUACAAACUUCUACGUAGGGAAUAUAUUUUAAUCUGUAAUCCAUUUGGUUUCUUUAGUAGGAGCAGCAGUUCAUGUAGUAGUACUAUGGUUAAAUCAUUACAGAUAGAUUUCUUUUUGAUUCAGGUAUUCAGUCACACGUUCUGUCGUCUCAAAACGAACAGUUUAACUGGACUUCACAAUGCUAACGAGUAAUGUUAAUAGUUUAUAUCGAUAGAAAUAUCUCACAGGCUCUAAACGUGUCUUGUUGAAAUGGGGUUUAUCUGGAAGUAAUCUUUUUCCAUUUUGUAGCUACAACCGGGUCAUACCCGUAGCAAUAUUUAUUACACCUAGGGUUUGUGUUACCCCUUAAGCCCAACCGAAAUGUAUUUGCAUGUUUGUGUAGAGUUUUCCCAAAAACUGUCAGCGCUACUGUAAGAAAAACGUGGAACGGGUCAAUGUUCUGUGUGCUGGUGUAUCGAAACGAAGCAGAAGAAACUCUGAUCUCAAAGCAGUGAUUCCAAAUAAUCCUUUGGAGUUUGGCACAGUAGCGGAGUUUAAGCAGUUCCAUUGACUGAUGGAUAAGGAAACCUAGAAUCUGUGUUUAAUUCUGAGCAAUUCCCAAGGUAAGGUCCGUGGUAAACACGUUCAUUAUCCCUACUUGCUACUGCGAUGCAGCCUGGUUUCCAGUGCCGAUGUGGGAGGGAGAGGGGGUAACUUCCGGUAAGUAUUCCAUCGCUCCUCAACUCACGUACCUCUUACUGAGGGCGUCUCCUGCUGCGUUAGCCACUCAACUGUGUACAUAGAAAAAUUGUUUUUUUCGAAUACCUGAUUUGAGAACAAGUGCUUAAAACUCUUUAACAGAACUCAGUGCUUACCAGUGUAUGAUGACAGAAGUCAGCGAUAUCUAAUACCUCUCUAACUAUGUAGAAAGUAAACACGUACAUAUAAUCAAAAUGCAGAGAUCUUUUUUAUAUGGCCUUGAAUAAGGAAAGCUUGAAAGAAUGUUAAUAAACAUGUUUUCCACUUUAAGUAUCAAAAGGGAUUUACUGAGCUGCUGCAUUACUUGUUCUUUCUCCUACAUUUAUUACUGAUGUUUGCAUAUUUUUCAAGAUCCAGAACGUGGAACUUUGAAUCCUGUAGUAAGUACUGACCGGUGUUGCGUGAAGCACCGUAGUGCUCAGCACUGUGUGGCCUAGGCCUGAGCAAAAGGACCUGAAGGGGCUCCAGGAACGCUGGGGAGGGGCUUUUUCCAAGAGCCUGGAGUGACAGGAUGAGGGGGAAUGGCUUUAAAUUGUAAGGGGGAAGAGUUAGAUGAGACAUGGGGAAGAAAUGCUUUACAAUGUCGGUGGUGAGGCCCUGGCCCAGGGAAGUGGUGGCUGCCCCAUCCCUGGAGGGGUUCCAGGCCAGGUUGGAUGGGGCUUGGAGCCCCUGAUCCAGUGGGAGGUGUCCCUGCCCAUAGUGGGGGUUGGAACUGGAUGGGCUUUGAGGUCCAUUCCAACCCAAACCAUUCUGUGAUUCUGUGAUAUUGAUAAUGUAUAUAUCAACACGCGCAGGUCCUUGUCCUCCAGGCUGCUCCCCAACCACUCCUCUCCGAGCCUGGGGCGCUGCGUGGGGUCGUGACCCAAGUGCAGGAGUCCAUGAAGCAGCAGUGUUCCCUCACCCUGUGCCAGGAACAGGUGGCUCCGGGGAAUUUUUGCCUCUAUGAAGGCUGUUGCUCUGACUUCAGCCUCGAGCUGUCUUCGAGGAUAGGAUGCUGGUGCUUUGAGGAGGUUCGUACUUGGUCGCUCUUUCAGAAGAGCUCUCUAAUCAGCAGUUGUAAUGUGUCUGAAGGGUUUGCCGGGACCUCUGGAGCAUCUCUGCAGACAACAGCGCAGGUGUCAUCGGCUGCUGUCACAAAAGUCUUUGUGUGACUUCACUGUGUGAAUCGCUCCUUACAAAUCAAGCUCAGCUCACACCAAACCGUUCAUUACUUAACGAGGAAAAACUGCUUGGGAAAGGAGCCAGGAGAGAUGGGGAAUUGCAUCUUGCCCUCAAUCAGGAAGGUGAGCUUCCUUUUGUUGGGACUGAGGGGGAAGAACCCAUUACAGAGCAGCCAGAAGGGAAGCGAUGGAUCUGACAAAUAAUUUUCUUGACAGGCCAGUGACCCAGGAAGGGGGGAAGGUUUAAACGCCAAACAACUCUCCUCACCUGCCUCGAUAUGAGGGGAGUUCCAGGGCCGGUGUUGGAACAAGCAGCACUAAUGGGUACCUGCAUGCAAAAUCCUACAGUGACAAUUAAAAAUGGGCUGUCUAAAAAUGCAGCGCUGUCAGCAGUCGGGAAUAGUUGGAUGUUUCCUCUACUGAAUUCUAAAGAACACGUUCAUUAUAGAAGUACAAACCUCUGAAACACCAAGUAAUAGGGGCUGGUAUAAUUAAAAUCCGCCUAUGAAUUAUUAUGGUGCAGAAAAUAAGCACCCUGGCAAUUAACGUCAUAAGGGUGUUUCAGAGAAAAGAAUGGACUGGGUAGAAUGGCCUGGAAGUUGGCAGCAAAGACUCGUGAAGCCCUGAUGUUCUACACAUAAAGGAAUCAUAGAAUGGUUCGGGGUUGAAGGGACCUCAAAGCCCAUCCAGUCCCACCCCUGCCAUGGGCAGGGACACCUCCCGCUGGAUCAGGAGCUCCAAGCCCCAUCCAACCUGGCCUGGAACCCCUCCAGGUGGAUUCUAACCAAGAGAAAGUUUACAGGUGCCACAUGGACAAACCCUGCGGCCAUCUGCGCCAGAGCAGGGACUGAUCACAAAGGAAUAGUGUGGUAACAAACGAAGACCAGGGCUGAAUGUUACAGUACGUAAGGAACGGGAUGAAAAAUAGCUGGUGUGUGUUCCUAAGGGCUAUUCCUGCCUCUGGGAUGUCAUUACAGUGAAUUAGUUCCAGCUAUGUGCUUAUUAGGGACGGAUACAGGCACAUAAACUAUCCUGCAGCCGGGCUGCGAGUGGGAAGUUGGGUUUAGGCUGAGUUCAGCCAGAGCAGGACAGGGAUCCACAUGUUUGUAGUUUUCUGGAGGAAGCUGGGUUUGCACCCUCUGUAGCAGCUGAUGCUCCGUGUGAGCUUCUGUCUGUGCUGAUGAGCAUCACAAGUGGGGAGAUGCAGUCGGAGUUGACUGCGUUGUGGGGAAGGGUUUUGGUCAGGCAUGGAGCUCGUGACGGGGAGAGGGCGGGUGAGAGGACAAAGGCGUGUUCGUGGCUGUGCCCAAGCAGUGGAUCCCCAGCGUUCCCAGCACCGAGACCACAGUGAAGAUCAGCUGCCUUCAGCUGGGACUUGUCUGUCUCCCCCAUCCCACGCUCCCACUGUUCACUGGUGUGUCUCACCCAUUCCGAAGGCCCCCUUCCCAGCACCCAUGUCUUCACUCGGGCUGCAGAAGCACCCAAAAGCGAGGUAGAAUUCCAGGGUAAUGGAGACUGUGGCUCUGCUCCUUCCUCAUUCAAGGGUGGAGCGUAUUGUUUCCCUAAGGAAUAGACCACGUGGCAAGUCUCCUCUAGCUUCUGUUCAGGGACUGUCUGGGGUACGCACAGCGCAGGGGAACCCCUCUCUGUGGAGACUAAGUGCUAAGUGCAAGCAAUGACCUCUUGAUUUAGGAGGUGGCCUGGCCUUUGACCCAAGUGCUGUGAUAAGAGAAUCACAGAAUGGGUUGGGUUGGAAGCAACCUCGAAAUCCACCCAUUCCCACCCCCUGCCAUGGGCAGGGACACCUCCCACUGGAUCAGGGGCCCCAUCCAACCUGGCCUGGAACCCCUCCAGGGAUGGGGCAGCCACCACUGCUCUGGGCAACCUGGGCCAGGGCCUCCCCACCCUCAGUGUGAAGAAUUUCUUCCUAACGUCUAAUCUAACCUUCCCCCUUCCAAUUUAAAGUCAUUUCCCCUCACUGUAGCACUACUGAUCUUUGUGUAAAGCCCCUCCACAGCUUUCCCGGAGCUCCUUUCAGCACUGGAAGCUGCUCUAAGGUCUCCCCUGGAGCCUUCUCUUCUCCAACCUGAAGAACCCCAACUCUCCCAGCCUUUCAUACUUCCACUGUCUCACCAACCUCUCCCCGGCCCUCGCGCUGUCGCCGUCCGCCAGACACAGAGGAAGAGCCUCAGAGGAUUCCUAGAGGGGAAAAAAAUUACCAGCAGCCCUGAGUUUGUUUGGUUGGAAUAAAUUUAUUUCAUCUGUCUGUAAACAAGGUGUUUUUUAAUAGUUAUGGCAUUUUUUGAAAUGCAUAUUAAAUCAGAUGAGUUAGACUGUAUCCCAGAUGUAACAAAGUGCAGGGAAAGAAAUGGACAAAUCAGCAACAAGAAUUGUUUAAAUCUGUACAUUAUCCACAAGGCCCAACAACAGAAGCAAGUACUAGAAUGUCCCUAAAGCAGUGCCGUUCGAAAGAAACCCUCGCAGUCAGUUAAAAUCCAUCUCACAAUAGCAACAGUUCAUUUUUUUUUUUUU